AUGUUUAUUAUUAUUCUUGGUCGAUGGAUUGUACCAAAAGGAAAUAUUUCUCAUAGUGCUUUAUCGCAAUUAUUACUUGUCUAUCUAUCACUUGCUUCGGAUAUUCUUGAUUUAUUAACAUUAUUUAAUGAACGAGAAAUUCAAAUAAGUUCACCAAUGGUCCAUUUAGUCCUCAUUGUUUUUUCUUUAUGUAUGCUUCAAUUUGCACUCAAUUUAACAGCAACUCGUGGUCGAUCAUUUCAUGCUGAAUUUGAUCAAGCAGAAAUUGAAAUACAUCAAUCAGCACCAUCCGAACCACCAACACCAUUAGUUACAAAGCCUUUACCUCGUCAUCGUCAACUUUUAUCAAGAUUUUUAUCACGAUCAACAUCCUCAUCAACAACUCGACCAUUGACACCAAAAAGAAAAAAUCCAACAAUGAGCAUACAAUCACGAACAUCCACUGCUCCUGUUAUCAGUUCAUCAGAUACAACUUUUCAAAAUACAGAAGCAAUUAGAGGAAAUGAAAUGUACUUAAAUACAAAUCAUUUACCUGAUUCACCAACAAGUGUGGAUCGAUUAACAAUCAAUCCUUGUCCAUCAAUAAGUUCGCUUAAUUCAUUACAAUCACCUUUUUCUAAUUCUCCAAGCAUCAAAAGAGUCCCACGUAAAAAACCUAUUGGUGGUAAUGUAAAAUUUUUUGUUCUUAAACGAUCAUCAAAAUUUCUUCGUUCUGAAAUGUGGUCUAUUCUUGUUACAUUAUCAUUACAAGAUGGUCCGUUUUUUGCUGUUCGCCUUAUUGCUAUCAAUGUUUAUCAUGUGCGAUCGUUUUUAACAUAUUUCUUUACAUUUAAAAAUUUUCUUAUUCUAAUUCUUCAAACAUAUCGUAUUGCAGCGAUAUGUUUUGAAAAAGAUGAAUAUGAACAAGAGUUUCAACAAAAAGUUAAUAAAAUGAAGCAUAUGAGUAUGGCUGCAACACAACUUGGUAUACCACUUAAUAGAAAAAUUUAA